GCAGUAAAGCCAGAUGGUGUUCAGCGGAGGCUGGUUGGAGAUGUCAUCAGGCGCUUUGAGAGACGAGGAUUCAAACUGGUGGGCAUGAAGCUACUACAGGCCCCAGAGAAAGUCCUUGCUGAGCAUUACCAUGACCUAAAGAAGAAGCCCUUCUACCCAAACUUGAUCAACUAUAUGAGCUCUGGUCCCGUGGUCGCUAUGGUCUGGGAAGGGUACAAUGUGGUCCGUACCUCUAGAGCCAUGGUAGGAGACACUGACUCAGGAGAAGCUGCCCCUGGGACAAUCAGGGGAGAUUUCAGCGUUCACAUCAGCAGGAAUGUUGUCCAUGCCAGCGAUUCGGUGGAAGUGGCCCAGAGAGAGAUCAGCCUGUGGUUUCACAGCAGUGAGCUGGUGGACUGGGACUGUUGCAGUCGCAGCAACCUGUACCACGUGUGAAGGAGGGUUUCAGCCCACCUCCUGCCCACUGCCUAAGGACCCAGGAGUAACUACCUCUGCCAAUGAGAAUGCUAU